AUUGUCCAUGAAUGGUAAGACUGACGCUCGCCAGCUCGACGCGCUCAUGCAGCUGUCCGAGGCGCUGCAGGAGUGCCUCGAGGCGGCGGCGCCGCAGCCAGACUCACUCGCCAUCCUCUCGCUCGGACGUCGGCUGCUCGCCAUCUGCGCAAAGGUCGGUCGCUUGUCGUCGGCCGAGGCGGAUUCCGCCACUGCCGCCCUGCUGGCCGUCCUCGACGAGGAGGUCGCCGCAGGCGCCGGCGCUUCAGGUGCCGGAACUGCGGGUGGGCCCGGCGAAGCAGGCGCGGGCGCCGACCCUCCUCGGGACGCGGAGGCGUGGGUGCGUGCAAAUCGCCCGGCCCCUAGCAUUGCCUUAGGCGGGCUGUGGGAGGGAGCGGAGCUGCACGGGAGUUUUUGGCAGCGAGAUAUGGGGAGAUAUGCCUGCGCCGCACCACCGGCCGCGUCGGGCCCAGCCACCACCGCCUCACGCCUCUGCAGUCACCACCACCGCCUUCUCCGCCUUCACCGCCACCCGCCCCGCUCUGCCACGCUCGCGGCGGGCGCGUUGGGUUUGGGUUGGUGCUACUGCGAUGCACUCACCGGCACACCUCCGCUGCUCAAUGUCUUGACGAUUUGCUACCCUGGGUUGGAUGGACGCCGGCCGUGACCGGGCGAGUAGAGGCACACGCACACUCUCUCGAGGUCUCUUGGAGCAGAGCCCCGGCGAGCCCUCGAAAGAGCCCAACUGCCCAAUGGGUCCUCGGAGAGGGUACCCUGGGUGGGCGGGGCCUCCACUCGCCAGGAUGCCGGCCGUGACGUGACCCCCCAGGUACGCGCGUGGUGU